GCGCACGCGUGCCGGGGGCUGCGGAUCCUGCCCUGGGCUCGGUCUGGCGAGGACACGGUUAGUGACUGAACUGCAGCCAUGUCACUUCCAGCCUGUGGCGUGACCGCCCUUCGCCUGGCUGGGACGUGCUGACAGGCUUCACGUCAGGUUCGUGCCUGCACGAUUUGCAGGAUAAUGUAGGCUUGAGCCCUGGGUAUCCUUUACCGACUCUGUAAGACGCUGUUUUUCUUGUUCCCGACGCUUUGAAGAGGAGUAAUCUGGGGACCAGCCUGGCAGGCAUCACUUGGACAAAAUCGUUGUUGCACCUUUUGGUGUCUCUUGCCUGAAGUAAGGACUUUGGGUUCAGGUCUGAUUUGUGACCAGAUUCAACAGCACCUUGCAGGCCACUUCGGAUGUGUAGGCACAAUUACAAGGUCGUGACAUGGAGAAUAAAGAAACCCUCAGGGGGUUGCAGAAAAUGGAUGACCGCCCAGAAGAGCGCAUGAUCAGGGAGAAACUCAAGGCAACUUGCAUGCCAGCUUGGAAGCAUGAAUGGCUGGAAAAGAGAAGUAGGAGAGGCCCUGUGGUGGUAAAACCAAUCCCAGUGAAAGGAGACUGCCCUGAAACCAGCAAACUAUUGCUAGAACCGCAAGCUGAAGGGCAAAGUACUGCUUCUUCACCCACCCAGAAAGGGAGGCGAAGCCCUUCUCCUAGUAGCUCCUCAUCAUCAUCAUCUAGAACUGUUAAAUCUGAAUCACCGGGUGUCAGAAGGAAAAGGGUCUCUCCAGUGCCUUUUCAGAGCGGGCGAAUAACACCACCUCGAAGAGCCCCAUCUCCUGAUGGCUUCUCACCGUAUAGCCCUGAGGAAACAAAUCGUCGUGUUAACAAAGUUAUGCGAGCCAGACUGUACCUGUUGCAGCAGAUAGGACCCAACUCUUUCUUAAUUGGAGGAGACAGCCCAGAUAAUAAAUAUAGAGUAUUUAUUGGGCCUCAGACCUGUAGUUGUGGGCGUGGAACAUUUUGUAUUCAUCUGCUGUUUGUCAUGCUUCGAGUGUUCCAGCUUGAACCGUCAGAUCCAAUGCUGUGGAGAAAGACAUUAAAGAAUUUUGAGGUUGAGAGUUUGUUCCAGAAGUAUCACAGUAGGCGUAGCUCAAGGAUCAAAGCUCCAUCUCGUAACACCAUCCAGAAGUUUGUCUCACGCAUGUCAAAUUCUCAUACAUUGUCAUCAUCUAGUACUUCCACAUCUAGUUCAGAAAACAGUAUGAAGGAUGAAGAAGAACAGAUGUGCCCCAUUUGUUUGCUAGGCAUGCUGGAUGAAGAAAGUCUGACAGUGUGUGAAGAUGGCUGUAGAAACAAGUUACAUCACCAUUGCAUGUCUAUCUGGGCAGAAGAAUGUCGACAAAACAGGGAGCCACUUAUAUGCCCCCUUUGCAGAUCUAAAUGGAGAUCACAUGAUUUCUAUAGUCAUGAAUUGCCAAGCCCUGGGGAUUCUCCUUCUGUCCUCCGUGUGGUUCAGGAGCAAACUCAGCAGCAGCCUACAGCUGGAUCACAAAGGAGAACACAGGAUAGCAGUUUUAAUCUUACUCACUAUGGGGUUCAGCAGAUCCCUUCAGUCUAUAAAGAUUUAGCUGAGCCGUGGAUUCAGGUAUUUGGAAUGGAGUUAGUUGGCUGCUUGUUUUCUCGAAACUGGAAUAUACGAGAAAUGGCACUUAGACGUCUUUCCCAUGAUGUUAGUGGUGCUCUGUUACUGGCUAAUGGUGAAAGCACUGGAAAUUCUGGAAGCAAUGGGAACAACACAAGUGCUGGAGCUCUGGGAGCAGCUAGUGGGUCAUCUCAGACCACUAUCUCAGGAGAUGUUGUAGUGGAAUCCUGCUGCAGUGUGCUGUCUAUGGUCUGUGCUGACCCUGUCUACAAAGUGUAUGUUGCUGCUUUAAAAACAUUAAGAGCCAUGCUGGUAUAUACUCCUUGUUAUACUUUGGCAGAGAGGACAAAACUACAGCGACUUCUCAAACCAGUUGUAGAGACCAUAUUAGUUAAAUGUGCAGAUGCCAACAGCCGCACAAGUCAACUUUCAGUUUCAACACUGUUGGAGAUGUGUAAAGGCCAAGCAGGAGAGCUGGCAGUUGGAAGAGAAAUACUUAAAUCCGGGUCUAUUGGUAUUGGUGGUGUCGAUUACGUCUUAAAUUGUAUUCUUGGAACCCAAACUGAAUCGAACAACUGGCAAGCGCUCCUUGGGCGUCUUUGUCUUAUAGACAGACUCUUAUUGGAAUUCCCUGGUGAAUUUUACCCCCACAUUCUUAGUGGGGACAUUUUACAAGCUGACACUGUAGUAGACAGGUAUAAGAAGCUGUUGUCCCUCUUGAAAUUCACCUUGCAGUCAAUUGAUAAUUCCCACUCAAUGGUUGGUAAACUAUCCCGGAGGGUUUUUUUGAGUGCUGCAAGAAUGGUUGCAAGAGUGCCCCAUGUGUUUAUAAAACUGUUAGAAAUGCUGAGUGUGACAAGCUCAACUCAUUACACAAGGAUGCGUCGACGUUUGAUGGCAAUAGCAGAUGAAAUGGAAAUUGCAGAAGUCAUCCAGCUAAACAUUGAGGAGAUGCGUUCUGUAGAAUGCCGACGUGAUGACUUUAUGCAGCCACCUGUCCCAGAUAACUCUCCAGAAGCAACAGGAAAUAAUACUCCUAACAAUACUAUCCAGUUAUCAGGGAAAAGUGGGAAAGCAUUGCUGAGUGCCAGUCCAGAGGACAUUUCUGAAACAUUGGCUGGCAUGUCUGUGGGACUUCCUGUUUCAUCAGUAACCACUGAGCAACCAAAGCCAGCCAUUCAAACGAAAGGCAGACCCCACAGUCAGUGUUUGAACUCUUCUCCCUCAUCCAGUCAUUCCCAAACAGUAUUCCCAAUGUUACCCUCUCCCUCAACCCCAUCUGUACCAGCUGGCACUGUAACAGAUGUAUCUAAACUCAGACCUCAGGCAUUCAUUCCCUGCAAAAUACCCUCCAUUUCUCCUCAAACCCAACGGAAACUGUCUCUCCAGAUUCAAAGAAACUGUUUGGAAAAUAAGGAUCCAGAGAAGCUUUCCCCAGUUUUUACCCAGGCCAGACCUAUGCCGUCUAAUCACAUACACAGGCCAAAGCCAUCUCGACCCACCCCAUGUGAAAUGACCAAGCAUGUAGAGACCUCAAAAAACAGUAUGACACUUGAUCUGAAGGACAUUUCACAGUGUGAUGGCAAUAGGAACAGCAGUGCAGUUAUACCAAGUGAAGAGUCAGUGUUCACACCAGUGGAGGAAAAGUGCAGUCGGUUGGAUAUUAAUGCAGAGCUCAAUUCUAGUAUUGAGGACCUACUUGAAGCCUCCAUGCCUACAAGUGACGGCACGGUUACUUUCAAGUCUGAAGUCGCUGUUCUUUCUCCUGAGCGAGCAGAAAAUGACAAUACUUAUAAAGAUGAUGUUAAUCAUAAUCAAAAAUGCAAGGAAAAGAUGGAAGCUGAAGAAGAAGAAGCUUUAGCUAUUGCCAUGGCAAUGUCAGCAUCUCAAGAUGCCCUACCAAUAGUUCCUCAACUACAGGUUGAAAAUGGUGAAGAUAUCAUAAUUAUUCAGCAGGAUACACCAGAAACCCUUCCUGGACAUACCAAAGCAAAACACCAUUACAGAGAAGAUAUGGAAUGGCUCAAAGGUCAACAAAUAGGUCUUGGAGCAUUUUCUUCCUGUUAUCAAGCUCAAGAUGUAGGAACUGGGACAUUAAUGGCUGUAAAACAGGUGACGUAUGUCAGGAACACGUCAUCUGAACAGGAAGAGGUAGUCGAAGCACUGAGAGAAGAAAUAAGGAUGAUGAGUCACUUGAACCAUCCUAAUAUCAUUCGAAUGUUGGGUGCUACAUGUGAGAAGAGCAACUACAAUCUCUUUAUAGAGUGGAUGGCAGGGGGAUCAGUUGCUCAUUUGUUAAGUAAAUACGGAGCCUUCAAAGAAUCAGUUGUUAUUAACUACACAGAGCAGCUACUGCGUGGCCUUUCUUACCUCCAUGAAAAUCAAAUUAUUCACAGGGAUGUCAAAGGUGCAAAUUUGCUAAUUGACAGCACGGGUCAUAGAUUAAGAAUUGCUGAUUUUGGAGCUGCAGCCAGGUUGGCAUCAAAAGGAACUGGUGCUGGGGAGUUUCAGGGACAGUUGUUGGGAACUAUUGCAUUCAUGGCACCGGAGGUUCUGAGAGGCCAGCAGUAUGGUAGAAGCUGUGAUGUAUGGAGUGUGGGCUGCGUUGUUAUAGAAAUGGCUUGUGCUAAACCACCUUGGAAUGCAGAGAAACACUCCAAUCAUCUUGCUUUGAUAUUUAAGAUUGCUAGUGCAACUACUGCUCCAUCAAUCCCCCCACAUCUGUCCCCUGGUUUAAGAGAUGUGACCCUUCGAUGUUUAGAACUUCAGCCUCAGGACAGACCUCCAUCCAGGGAGCUACUGAAACACCCGGUCUUCCGUACUACGUGGUAGCUAAUUAUGUAACAUGAUAUGCUGAAGAAGAUGCUACUGACUAUAGAAAUACUUGCCUCGCAGUGCAGUUUAGCACAGCGGCUUGGAUUAUUUUGCUGGCCUUAAUUAUACAUCAUGGACUUAAGGCUGGCAGAGGACCUUUACCUAAGUAUGUGAUUGACAAAUCAAAAUCUUUACCGAAGCUCAGUAUGCAAUACUUCACCAUUUGUGCAGAAAUAUGUAAAUGGUGCCUUUUCAAAGAUCUGGCUCUAAGUGAACAAGAAAACAUUUUUCUUUAAAUCUGCAUGAUUAUUUAGCAGAUAAGUGAUUUUUAUUUUAUUUGGAGCACUUUUUCAGCAAUAUUAGCAGCUGAGGGGCUCAGGAUCUGUUUAAUAUAGCAAUCACUGUUCCAUUUCACAUCAUGUGGUCAUAAACAGAGGGUUCUGCAGUUCCAUUCAGUUUUUCAUCACUGGUUAAAAGGAAGUUCUGUAUCUGUUCCUUUGACUUCACAAAGUACACUCUGAGUGGAGUAACAAAAACAAAUGUUGGUGGAUAAGUUUUCAAACCAUAUUUUGCCGUCAUUAUAGAUGAGCAGGCAGUUGUGGUUCACUGUGCGUUUACUGCUGGCACUGUAAUUUCCUUUUUGAAGUUACGGUUCUAUAUUUUCAUUAUAUUUAACAUUCAGGGAAAGGUGAUCAUUUAAAAUAAAAUAAAAAAUCUUUAGAACUAGGUGCAAACUGUAUGUCACUGAAUAUCUUGCUGAUGCAAGAAUUUUUACUGCAGGUUUAUUUGAAAUCUGGAAUAAAAUAAUAAAAUGCCACCUUCAGCAAGUCAGUGUUUCAGGCUCUGAUAGUACAGGUUACUUAAAUACAGAAAGCAAGAUUGAUCUUCAUAAGUCAACGCCCAACCCAGGUCAUGCUAAAUCUUAGUUUUUCAGGGUUGCUUUUUUUUUUCUUCAAUCUAGUAAUUUCCUCUUGUAAACCAUGUAGACAGGUUUCAUAUAAAGGGUCUCCAUCACAGCUCCCUUGAAAGUCAAAGGGAGAUUUGCCCCUUAAUAUCAAUGGAGGCAGAAGCAGGGUCUAAAUCAAGUCUUACUUUGUGACAACACUGUUUUCACAUUCAUUACUGAUACCAAGUUUUAACUGCUGUUUUCCUUCUGCCAUACAUCAUCCAUGUACAGAAGCAACUGGUGUUAAUGUAAUUUGGAAGUCUCUUACCAAUAUUGUUUAAGUGUAAUAAGGGUGUUGUUUUUAACAGGAAAUGAUCCUCAAUUUGAAAAGCAAGUUAAGGUAAAAUGUGAAGUAAAGCUUCACCUGUUGUAUGGAACUUUCUUGUUUUUUAACAGGUGUUUCCUUUAAAAGUUUUAAAUUGUUUUAAAGACAGGCUUUCAGAUUCUGAUGCAUGGAAUUCUGAAGGAAAAUGGCAGCUGUUCUUUUGCUUUUUAAGGGGGUCUUUUAAAUGAGUACUGAUUGUUUUAAUUCAUUUUUUAAAUAACUGUUCAAGUUUUAACUCUUCAGAAGCCAGUUGAAUUGUUGGACUGAAAUAGAAUUGGUUAUUUUCAAAGACUCAGGACAAACUAAAUAAGCUAUAGUACAUUAAAAAUGUACAACAAUACACAAAUUGGAAAAAGAACAAGUUUAAGAGAAGUUUACAGGAAUAAUAAUGCUCAUAUAAAUAAAAAGCCGUGUCAUUAGAUGUGAAUGUGUAUUUCUUUUUGAAAUUUUACAUUCCUUUUUAUUUUAUUAUAUUUUUGGAAGUUUGGCAAACUUUGAAGAGUUAAAAGGAAAAUAAAGUGCCGAAAUGUGAAGUUUGGUAGCUCUGUUUUGUACUUGAUUUUCUUUGUUUUGUUUUUUGUUUUUGUUGGGGGGUUUUCGACUGCUUUAGAAUUUUUCAUGAUUCUAAUAAGAUUGGUUCCAAGUCAUUUUUAUGUGCAAGCUUUAAAGGAUGCACUCUUGCCAAUUUAUGUACUGGAAAAAUAAAUUGCUAGAUUAAUAUUGUUUCUGGCAUAAAUGUAAAACUAUAUAAACUGAUGAACCUCAGCUAAUCAGUAUUACUUUAUAGAUCACCAUACCUACCACAUUUCAGACUCAAACUGCCUCUAGAUGUCCAAAUGCAUUUGUUUGAGUUUGUUUGCAUUUCCCUCAGCUUGCUGGUAAUUGUGGUGUUUUUAAAAUGCAGAUGUGAUGUAAUAUUCUUAUUUUCUUUGGAUCAAAGCUGGACUGAAAAUUGUAUUGUGUAAUUAUUUUUGUGUUCUUAAUGUUAUUUGGUACUUAAGUUGUAAAUAACGCCUACUGCUGUUUAUUCCAGUUUCUACUACCUCAGGUGUCCUAUAGAUUUUCUUCUACCAAAGUUCACUUUCACAAUGAAAUUAUAUUUGCUAUGUGACUGAUUCCUAAGACUUCCAGGGCUUAAGGGCUAACUUCUAUUAGCACCUUACUGUGCAAGCAAAUUUUACAGAAAUCUCUGGGUUAAGAAAUUUGGCUUCAUUGUAUCCUUUGUUAUUUUAAAUAUAUCAAGAUAUUUUAAUUAAAAGUUUUUACCCCAUUGAACCAAUUUUAUAUAGUAUAAUUUGUACCUAUUUUGGUGUUUUUUGUCUUUAUAGUAAAUAAAAGUUUUUGAACAAAAGUGUUCUUUUCAUGA